AAAUAUUUCUUUAAAGGGAUUUGUACUUUAAUUACAUCUGUUCAAAUAGCAUGAGGCAGAACCACGUUUUCAGUGAACUGAGAAGAAAUUCUAGUUGAUGAGUAUCCCUUCACUGCCAUGAAACACCUCUUCAGGUGUGCCGGUAGAACUCAUUGGGGAGUUGGCUGUGGCUGGCUCCCUAACACGUGCUGUGGGGACAGGAACUUCCUGAACUAGUUUAACCACCACAAAUAUUAUAUUGAACCACAGCCUUGUUUAAAGUGAUGCAACAUUUUCAUGUGGAGUACUACUUAGAGGACUGCUGCUCCUGGUGAAAGUGAAAGUUUGGAGUGCUGAGAGAGCAGCAAGCUCAGCUACUGGAACAAAAAAGGGGCUUGUGAAGUCCUGAUACACACAUAAAUCAGUGAAUUUCAUAAGCAGCCGUUUCAGACACAAGAGGCAGAUAGCAAGGGAUAAUUAUCACUGUUAAAGAAAGUGAAGGUAUUUAGCUGAAGUUUCAGUCUAGAGAGGUAACACAUCUUUUUACAGCUUCCUCCAAAGGCACACGGUGCAGCUUUGCUGUCAGGCAUAGAGCUCGUACAGAAAACGUGUGUAGCCAACACCGCUUGCGUAAGAUUAAUUCCACAUCAUUCUCCUGGCCAGGGCUUUGGCUUCGUGGUGUCCCCAGUGCUUGAUUGCUGUUGCAGAAGAGCAAUGGAUGCUAAACAGGUACUUCUGGCGCUGCGGAAAGGUUGAAAGGAAUUCUGCUACACGAACUUGAGAGAAGCGACAGGUUCUCCACCUGAAAAGAGUUUGUUUUAAGCACGGGAAAAGCUGCAAAGGAAAUUUCUCAGGCGGGGCUGAAAUUAACCAGCACCGAGCUUGUGAAACCGAGCGGAGGCAAAGGUUCGGCGCGGACUGCGGUGACGCCCAGCGGGGACUGGGGGCUGUGGAGAGCGGGGGCACCGCCCCGCUGCUCACAACCCCGACUGCGGCCCGAGUUUUAGCAGGUGAAAGGUUGGACUCGACGAUCUCAGAGGUUUUUCCGACCUAAUUCAUUCUGUGACUCCGUGAGUACUGAAGGAGCCCAGGCGCUGUCUCCUCUGGCGGCGCUGAGGGCGGCGGGACCCGCCCCGAGCCCCGUCCCCUCCCCUCGCGGCCCGGAAGCGCUCGCGCGCGCGCGCCGGAAGCGCGUCCCCCGCGGCCCGGCCAAGAUGGCGGCGGAUGCCGCCACCGAGCUGCUGUUCUUGGACACGUUCAAGCACCAGAGCGCGGAGCAAAGUACCAAUAUUGAUGUGGUUCGUUUUCCAUGCGUGGUUUACAUAAAUGAAGUCCGAGUCAUUCCUCCAGGAGUGAGAGCUCACACAAGUUUGCCUGACAACAGGGCUUAUGGAGAGACAUCCCCUCAUUCAUUUCAACUGGACUUGUUUUUCAACAAUGUCAGCAAACCAAGUGCCCCUGUUUUUGAUCGGCUGGGAAGCCUUGAAUAUGAUGAAAACACUUCAAUUAUUUUCAGGCCCAAUGCAAAGGUCAACACAGAUGGAUUGGUUCUUAGAGGGUGGUACAACUGUCUGACUUUGGCAAUAUAUGGCUCAGUUGACAGGGUAAUAACUCAUGAGAGAGAGUCACCUCCUCCACCACCCCCUCCGCCUCCACCUCCCCAGCAACAGCCUGGAUUGAAAAGGAAUCCAAAACAUGUUGAUGGAGAGAAAGAAGACCAAUUCAAUGGCAGUCCUCCAAGACCACAACCCAGGGGACCAAGGACACCUCCAGGCCCUCCUCCUCCUGAUGAUGAUGAGGAUGAACCUAUGCCAGUGUCAGUGGUUGGGGAAAAAGAAGAUGAUGUGGACCAUAGGGAGGAUUACUUUGAGCCGAUUUCUCCUGAUCGAACGUCCAUUCAUCAAGAAAGCCAGUAUUCUGAUGAUGGAGAAGUAGAGGAAGAUCAACCAGAAGAAGGGGAUGAUGAUGAUGAUGUGGAUGUUGAGGAGGAGGAGGAUGAGGAUGACGACGACGAUGAUGAUGAUGAUGGUCAUACAGUAGAGAGUCUUGCUGAUGAGGAAGAAGAGGAGGAGGAGGAAGAUGAUGAAGAUGAAGAAGAGGGUGAAGAGGAAGAAGAAGGUGAUGGAGAUGACGGCUAUGAGCAGAUUUCAAGUGAUGAAGAUGUAAUUGCUGAUCUAGAACGUGAAACAUUUAAGUAUCCAAGCUUUGAUAUUGAAUAUACUCCUGAGGAUCUGGCAUCUGUGCCUCCUGUGACGUAUGAACCUUUUGAAAAGGAGCUUGGACCACUAUUAUACUUCAGCUGCCCUUACAAGACUGUAUUUGAAAAUGAAGUUGCUAAAAUAAAGGACCAAGACCCAGAAAAAGAAAAUUCAGGGGCAGCAGAAGGCUCAGUUAAAUUAACUGAACUGUUGGAAUUAUAUCAAGAGGAAAGGGGUGCAAAGUGGGUCACAGCAUUGGAAGAAAUUCCAAGUUUAAUAGUUAAAGAACUGAGCUACCUGCUGGUGAAAGACACAAAGCAAGACUAUAUUACCCAGCUAGUAGACUGGACCCUGCAAGCUUUAAACCUUCAGGUGGCUCUCAAACAGCCCAUUGCUUUGAAUGUUCGACAACUCAAAGCUGGGACAAAAUUGGUAUCUUCGUUAGCAGAAUGUGGGACUCAAGGAAUAACGGCACUCUUGCAGGCAGGAGUUAUUAAUGUGUUGUUUGAACUGUUGUUUGCAGAUCAUGUAUCAUCGUCCCUUAAACUUAAUGCUUUUAAAGCUUUGGAUAGUGUCAUUAGUAUGACUGAGGGAAUGGAAAUGUUCCUAAGAGGUGGCACAGAUGUACAUGAAAAAAGUGGUUAUCAGAAACUCCUGGAACUCAUACUGUUAGAUCAGACUGUGCGAGUUGUUACAGCUGGUUCUGCAAUUCUCCAGAAAUGUCACUUCUACGAGAUUCUGUCAGACAUUAAAAAGGUGGUGGAUCAGUUAGCAGAGAACACUCCUCCUCUUCCUAAUCACACAGAGCCAGAACAGGACCAGGACUUGGCAGGACUUGAAAGAACCAACCAAGAAUAUGAAAAUGAUGUGGAGGCUCCUAUGGAUAUGGAUCAUCUUUUGGAAUCUUCUAAUAUAAGUGAAGGAGAGAUGGAAAAACUUGUUAGUCUUCUUGAAGAGAUCUUCCAUUUGAUGGAAACUGCUCCUCAUACAAUGAUUCAGCCCCCUGUGAAAUCUUUCCCAACCAUGGCACGCAUUACAGGCCCUCCAGAAAGGGAUGAUCCUUAUCCUGUCCUGUUUAGAUAUCUUCAUAGUCACCAUUUCUUGGAAUGCAUUACUUUGCUACUGUCUCUUCCAGUGACAGGUGCACAUCCAGGUGUGCUUCAGGCUAUCCGAGAUAUAUUGCGUUUCCUGGCACAGUCACAGAAGGGUCUUCUUUUCUUUAUUUCUGAGCAUGAGGCAACAAACUUGUUGGUUAGAGCACUUUGUCAGUUUUCUGAUCCAGAUCAAGAGGAAGGUCUGCAGUCAGAUGGUGCCAACGAGGAUACUUUUGCCCUGUGGCUGCUCCAUUCAACACAGACAUUACAGUGCAUUUCGGAAUUGUUCUGCCACUUCCAGCGGUGCACAGCCAGCGAGGAGACUGACCACUCAGAUCUGCUGGGAACACUUCACAACCUUUACUUGAUCACCUUUAACCCUGUAGGAAGAUCUGCUGUGGCUCAUGUAUUCAGUCUGGAAAAAAAUCUCCAAAGUCUUAUUACUUUAAUGGAGUACUAUUCCAAAGAAGCUUUAGGAGACUCAAAGUCUAAGAAGUCAGUUGCUUAUAAUUAUGCCUGCAUCCUUGUUUUGCUGGUGGUACAAUCUUCCAGUGAUGUCCAAAUGCUGGAACAGCACUCAGCACCUCUGCUGAAGCUUUGUAAAGCAGAUGAAAAUAACACCAAGUUGCAAGAGCUCAGCAAGUGGCUUGAACCUUUGAAAAAUCUUAGAUUUGAAAUAAACUGUAUUCCAAAUCUUAUUGAAUAUAUCAAGCAGAAUAUUGACAGUUUGAUGACUCCGGAUGGAGUUGGUCUUCCUACUGCACUUCGUGUUCUUUGUCAUAUUGCAUGUCCACCACCUCUGGUAGAAGGUCAACAGAAAGACCUUAAAUGGAAUCUUGCAGUUAUUCAGCUCUUCUCUUCCGAGGGAAUGGACACCUUCAUCCGGGUGUUGCAGAAGCUGAACAGCAUCCUUAUUCAGCCUUGGCGACUCCAUGUCAACAUGGGCACCACGCUGCACAGAGUUACUACUAUAUCUAUGGCCCGCUGUACACUCACUCUCCUUAAAACAAUGCUGACAGAACUCCUGAGAGGUGGAUCCUUUGAAUUCAAGGACAUGCGUGUUCCUGCAGCACUUGUUUCUUUACACAUGCUCCUCUGCUCUAUUCCUCUCUCAGGCCGCUUAGAUAGUGAUGAGCAAAAAAUCCAGAAUGACAUUGUUGAUGUCUUACUGACUUUUACUCAAGGUGUUAAUGAAAAACUUACCAUUUCUGAGGAAACUUUGGCGAACAAUACUUGGUCUUUAAUGCUGAAGGAAGUUCUCUCAUCAAUUUUGAGAAUUCCUGAAGGCUUUUUCUCUGGACUUAUACUGCUUUCAGAGUUGUUGCCUCUUCCACUGCCCAUGCAGACUACUCAGGUAAUUGAAGCCCACGAUAUUGCAGUGGCACUCAACACCAGGAAGCUGUGGAGUAUGCACCUCCAUGUGCAGGCCAAGCUGAUACAAGAGAUCGUUCGAUCUUUCUCCGGCUCGUCCUGCCAGCCCAUUCAGCAUAUGUUGAGGCGGAUUUGUGUUCAGUUGUGUGACUUGGCUUCACCUACUGCUCUUCUCAUCAUGAGGACAGUAUUGGAUCUAAUUGUAGAAGACCUGCAAAGCAACACAGAAGAUAAAGAGAAGCAGUACACUGGACAGACCACUCGACUGCUUGCUUUAUUGGAUGCCCUGGCUUCACAUAAAGCUUGUAAAUUGGCUAUUUUGCAUCUUAUCAAUGGAACUACUAAAGGAGAUGAAAAGUAUGGAGAGGUUUUCCAGGAGCUCUUGGCUUUGAUGCGAUCAGCUGGGGACAAUGUCACUCAUCAACAGUGUGCUGAAUAUGUAACUUCCCUUUUGCAGUCCCUCUGUGAUCAGGAUAUUGCACUUAUUUUACCAAGUUCAUCAGAAGGCUCUGUGUCUGAAUUAGAGCAGCUUUCCAACUCCUUACCAAGCAAAGAGCUGAUGCCCUUAAUUUGUGACUGUCUGAUGGAAACUUUAACGAAUUCUGAGAGCAGUUACAGUUGUCUGCUGACAUGCAUCCGAACAAUGAUGUUCCUUACAGAGCAUGACUAUGGCUUCUACCACUUGAAGAGCUCUCUAAGAAAACACAGCAAUGCUCUGUACACUGUAUUAAAGCGAGUAAUAACUAGUUUCAGCAAAGACACAGGUGAACUGGCCUCUUCAUUUUUGGAUUUUAUGCGACAGAUUCUAAACUCUGAUACACUGGGGUGUGGAGAUGAUGGAAGCCUUAUGGAAACAGAUGGAUCCCAUUCAGGCAGAACGCUGGGUCUUACCACUGCAGAGUUAAAACAUCUACUGCAGAACAAAGAAGAAACCCCAGAAAGCCUGCUUCUUGAUCUGGAGAAGCAUGUUAUGGAUCGUUCUAAGGAAGAUGAUGGCCUUGAAUCCUUACUGGACAACAUUGUUGGAGUAAGGCAGAUGUUGGAAUCAGCAGGUGAUUCUUGUCCACUGAGUGACCAAGAUGUUGAGCCUACUCUUUCUGCACCAGACUCUCUUCAGAAUUUGUUUAACAACAGGACCACAUACGUGUUGGCAGAUGUGAUGGAUGACCAGCUGAAGUCCAUGUGGUUCUCACCCUUUCAGGCUGAAGAAAUAGACACUGACCUGGAUAUGGUAAAAGUUGACUUAAUUGAACUGUCAGAGAAGGGCUGCAGUGACUUUGACUUGCAAGCUGAAUUGGAGAGGUCAUUUUUGUCAGAACCAUCAUCUCCUGGACGCACAAAAACCACAAAAGGGUUCAAGCUCGGCAAGCACAAGCAUGAGACCUUCAUAACUUCAAGUGGGAAAUCUGAAUAUAUAGAGCCUGCAAAGAGAGCUCAUGUUGUGCCACCACCCAGAGGAAGAGGAAGGGGAGGAUUUGGACAAGGAAUUCGACCGCACGAUAUCUUCCGUCAGAGGAAACAGAACACAAGCAGGCCACCCUCCAUGCAUGUGGAUGAUUUUGUUGCUGCAGAGAGCAAAGAAGUGGUUGCUCCAGAUGGGAUACCACCAGCCAAAAGGCCACCAAAAGUGUCACAGAAGAUUUCUUCACGUGGUGGGUUCUCAGGGAAUCGUGGAGGACGAGGAGCUUUUCACAGUCAGAACAGGUUCUUUACACCACCUGCUUCAAAAGGAAAUUACAGUCGUCGUGAAGGUGCUCGAGGCUCCAGUUGGAGUGCACAGAGUACGCCCAGGGGAACCUACAAUGACAGUAGAGGUGGUCAAAGCAAUUUUAACAGGGGUCCACUGCCACCACUGAGACCAUUAAGUUCAGCAGGCUACCGACCGAGUCCUCGCGAUCGUGCUUCCAGAGGCCGUGGAGGAAUUGGACCGUCUUGGACAAGUGCUAAUAGUAGUAGCAGUGGUGGCUCAAGAGGGAAAUUUGUUAGUGGAGGCAGUGGAAGAGGUCGUCAUGUACGUUCCUUCACACGAUAAAAUAAGACCAAUGGUGGAACAGCUCAACCUUGUGGACUUCUGUGAAGAUGACAAAGAAAGCAGCAUCACUAACGGACCAAUUCAGAGUUUCUGGUAUCUGGAGGACACCAAGAGAAUAUUUUUGUCUGAAGAAAAAGCUUUUGUUUGAUACAAGAAUUGAAAUUUCAAUAAAAAUCAAGACUUUUUGUGUACAAUUGUAAAUUUUUUGUUCCUUUUGAAAGAAUGUUUCAAUUUUUUUGUGGAUUUCAGUAGACAAUACUCAGUAAAGCACCUCUUUGAGUUAAGACUUGAAGGACUUCUUAAAUAUUCAUUGUGCCAAAAGAAAGGUGCAAGUGUUUUGUGGAUGGCUUAUUACUGCAAGAAAAUUAAAAAAUAUGUAUGUAUGGCAAUUUUGGGGUUUUUUUGUUCCUCUCAGGUAUACCAUUAGCUCUUUUUUUCCUUUGUUAUUUUGUUAGCCAGUCUGGGGUAUUAAUGAAUGAGGUGUGACUGCCAGCAGGUGAAGUAGCCAAUAAUUAAUCUGUUAAAGUAUACAAAUGUAAAUGUAAUUUAUUUAGGUUUUAUUGUACAUCUUGGGAAAUGACAUUAGAAACUUCUAAGUCCCACACCAGGUAAAAUUUGAAUAAAAUCUGUCACUAACUUCAGGGAGAAUAAGUCAACAUUCCAUCACUUACUUUCCAAGUCCAGCUCAUGCAUUAGGAGCACAGGAGUUACUUCACUGGAAAGCAGCAUAUACUUUCAGUUAAAAAGCAAAUACUCAUACCCUUAGAGUACCUGGAGUUAAUUUGUUCCCUGCCUCUCCUCUGCCUAACAUAGUUGAGGAGAGGGCAGAGACACAGAUAUAUAACCUGAGCCAACAUGUAGUCAGGUAGUGACAUUAAACCUGGUCUAUAAAGAGAUGGAGUUUUGUUUCUGUGAUUAGAUGGAGAUACAGUGCAAAAAGAAAAAGGAGGAAUAGGAAUUAAUAAAGAAAUAUCAUUACUAAAUUAAAUUCUGAAUUUAUUUUCAUGUUGAAUUCAGUGAAGUAAGGUUUUAUGUGUUUGCAUUCCUUUGGGCUCCAUGGGUUUCAUAGAAUUAACAGAUUAUCGGUAGCCAUUGCAUUUUUGGACAGGGUGGGGUAGCCUAAAGGCCACAUGCAGUAUUUGCAAAUGAGCUCCACUGUCAGACUUAAGUUUGAUUUUCACUUAUGUUUGGUCUGUUGACAUUACAGAAGUGCUAUAGAGGGGUCUUACUCUACUUAGAUACUGCCCACACCGUAUUUUAAGUGUUUCUAAAGUAUGGUAAUAUGUUAAAUUGAAAUUAUUUUACCUUUAUGCUGCCUGACUAAAUUAAGUAGGCUUUUAAUUUGAUACACAGAAGGUCCCUAUUAGCUGUAUUUUUCCUGUGUGGAGACUCUGAGGCUGUCCCACUGCUUGAGAGGUGAUUGGAUAAUCUCUGUAAGUUGGAAACGUCCAUGAAUUGACUGGGUGCACCUACAGGGAACAGUAUUGGUUCUUUAAAGGUUUAACCUUAUUUAAAAUAACAUGGAUAAAUUCGGAUUGGAAGCCAAACAAUUUUCUGAAUGAUAAAAUAAGAGGGAGAUGUAAUUUUACUAAUAAUGACUAAAAUGGGUGGAGCUUUCACAGGCAUUACUGUUAUUAAUGCUAUUUUUUAAGGAGCACUGCAUAAAUAUUUUUACAGCUGACUCACUCCUUUAUACCAUUUGUUUAAGGUGGUUUUAUUUUUUUAGAAAUUUUACUGUUUUCAAAACUAGCAGGGAUAUAAAUAAUUUGGCUUCUGUCAUGGAAUUUGAAAUGAAAAGUAAAGUGUCAAGCAUGGAAUAAAUACGUAAAUAUUCAGUACUGGUUCUUCAGAGUUUAAAAUAUACAGCAUGUCACAUUAGUAAUUUUCAAACUAGGAGGAAAUAAAGGGUUGGUUACAUUGGUGUACCAGAGCUGUGUAAAUUUAAACUUGAAAAAAGAAGUGUGUGUAUAUCAUGUUUUUUGUUUUGUUAUCUUUUUUACUGAUGAAUUUAGUACUGUGACCCUUCAAUACAAAGUGGCUCCUUUCAUGGAUAAAUCCAGCAUGAAAUAAUGCUGUUUAAAACUCAGGUGUUACUUGGUUUGCUUUUUAAAAUGGGAUUGCUGCCAUGAGUAAAUAACACUUCAAAGAAGUGUUCAAUUUUGCUUUUGAUACUCUGGCUAAAAAAAGACAUUUCCAAGUUUUGUUUCCUGACUGGAACACCAGGAAGUGGCUAACUUCAGAGACUCCUGUAGCUUACUUGAUGAGCAGACCAGUGGGAGGAGGGCAAGUGAGGCAGAAGAGAUCUCCAGUGCAGCACAGAGAGACAAAGGCACAGUUUGUGUGUGGCAGAAGGGUGAGACAAGUUGUGUGCGUUUGUUUUUGCUUCCAUAAUCUUUAGCUGCUGUGCAGUCUGAAAUGUGGCUGAGGGCCAGGUGCACAUGGAGAGGUGUAGGAGAUAAACAAGUUAGCAGCCCAGAUCCUGGUCUCUGGUUGUGCCAUGUUGGCUUUCAGCCUUUUUUUUUUCCUGCUGAGUAACUCCUCCAUCAGGUAAGAGAACAUGUCUAGUGGGUGAAGACAGAGGACUGCACGCAACAAAUUCCUGCUUGAGUGCCCCAUGUCCAGAUUGCUCAUGUUUAAGCAAAUAAAACAGCUCUGUUUUUUGCUCUUCUU